UGGAAAACUAGCUCGAGUGGAGACAUUUCCUUGUCUCCUGGUCGAAUUCCGAAAGUGCCCUCAGUAAAUCCUUCCCCUUAAGUGUCGCCUAAGGGACCUUUUUGGCGGACUCGCGGGCGGGAAACAGAAGCAGAGGGACGGAUCUUGAGGGUGUUCUUGGCCCGUGGGUCGUCGCCUGAAUUUGGAGGAGAGGUCCAGAUUUCUUCCCUGGGCGGGGAAGAAGCCAAAUCGCAGGCAGGAAACAUCAUGGGCAGCCCAGUGACGGUGGCCACCUGUGCCCUGAACCAGUGGGCGCUAGAUUUUGAUGGCAACUUGGAAAGGAUUUUAAAAAGUGUUGAACUUUCUAAAUGUAAGGGAGCAAGAUAUCGGCUGGGUCCAGAACUUGAGAUUUGUGGCUAUGGCUGUUCGGAUCAUUACUUUGAGUCUGAUACGCUCUUGCAUUCAUUUCAAGCUUUGGCUAAGCUUCUGGAGUCUCCCGUGACUCAGGACAUAAUAUGUGAUGUUGGCAUGCCUGUUAUGCACCGAAAUGUUCGUUACAAUUGUAGAGUGAUCUUCCUGAACAAGAAAAUUCUUCUGAUAAGACCAAAGAUGGCUUUGGCAAAUACAGGAAACUACAGGGAAAUGCGAUGGUUCACUCCUUGGAACAGACCACGGCAGGUGGAAGACUAUUUUCUUCCUAGGAUGAUUCAAGAAAUAACAAAUCAGGAAACUGUUCCAUUUGGAGAUGCAGUACUGGCAACAAUAGAUACUUGCAUAGGAAGUGAAAUCUGUGAAGAACUGUGGACACCAAACAGUCCCCAUAUUGAAAUGGGAAUUGAUGGAGUGGAGAUCUUCACCAAUUCUUCUGCAAGUCAUCAUGUCUUAAGGAAAGCUCAUACGCGAGUGGAUUUGGUAAACUCUGCAAUGACAAAGAAUGGCGGGAUAUAUAUCCUGGCUAACCAGAAAGGCUGUGAUGGUGAUCGUCUGUAUUACGAUGGUUGUGCCAUGAUCUGUAUGAAUGGCGCCACUGUUGCUCAAGGACUCCAGUUCUCCUUGGAUGAUGUGGAAGUCUUGGUUGCCACACUUGACUUGGAAGAUGUCCGAAGUUACAGGGCGGAAAUAUCAUCUAGAAAUUUAGCAGCAAGCAAAGUGACACCUUUUCACAGAAUUAGAGUAAAUUUUGCCCUUUCGUGGUCUGACGACAUAAGCACACCUACAAAUGAGCCAAUCCAGUGGAAGUAUCAUAGUCCAGAGGAAGAGAUCAGCCUUGGCCCUGCUUGCUGGCUUUGGGAUUAUUUAAGGCGUAGUUCACAGGGAGGAUUCCUCUUACCGCUUAGUGGUGGUGUGGACAGUUCUUCUACAGCCUGCAUUGUGUACUCGAUGUGUCUUCAGAUUUGUUCUGCAGUAUGGGAUGGAAAUCAAAGUGUCCUGAACGAUGUACGUAAAAUAGUGAAUGAUGAAGCCUACACACCAAAGGAUCCUCGAGAAUUUUGUAGACGCAUUCUAACAACUUGCUACAUGGCUAGUGACCACUCUUCUCAAGAUACACAUGAUAGAGCCAAAUCUCUGGCUGAAGAAAUAGGCAGUUAUCAUAUCAACAUAAACAUAGAUGGAGUUGUGAAAGCUGUUUGGGGGGUUUUCAGUGCAGUGACAGGACGAAUGCCCCAGUACCACGUGUGUGGAGGCAGCAGGUGUGAAAAUCUGGCACUACAGAAUGUGCAGGCUAGAAUAAGAAUGGUGUUUGCCUACCUAUUUGCCCAGCUUUGCCUUUGGACUCGUGGAGUACCUGGUGGACUGUUAGUGCUUGGAUCAUCUAAUGUGGAUGAAAGUCUUCAGGGAUAUUUCACAAAGUAUGACUGCUCCAGUGCUGAUAUCAACCCUAUUGGUGGAAUUAGCAAGAAUGACUUAAGAAGUUUUAUACAAUACUGCCUUGACAAUUUUCACCUAACAGCACUCAGAAGUAUUCUUUCUGCACCACCAACUGCAGAGUUAGAGCCAUUGAAGGAAGGACAAGUAGCUCAAACAGAUGAGGCAGACAUGGGGAUGACAUAUGCGGAGCUCUCUGUCUAUGGCAAAUUAAGGAAAAUAGCCAAAGCAGGACCUUACAGUAUGUUUUGUAAGCUGAUUAACAUGUGGAAAGACAUUUGUACCCCAACAGAGGUGGCAUCAAAGGUUAAGCAUUUCUUCAGAAUGUAUUCAAUCAAUAGACACAAAAUGACUAUUCUCACCCCAUCCUACCAUGCUGCAAACUAUAGUCCUGAUGACAACCGGUUUGACCUGAGGCCUUUCCUUUAUAAUUCUGCCUGGUCUUGGCAGUUCAGGUGUAUAGAUGAACAGGUGGACCUUGCCGGCUAGAACAUCUGCUUGAACUUUGGAACUCUGUUGGACUCUGUCUAGUCAGGUUUCUAAACUAGAAUCUAAGGAAGUGAAUUUCAGACUUGAAGAUGUGGUCUGAUGCUUCUGUACUGCAUUGCAGCUAUUGAUGUAAGAUAUUUAAGAAUCCAAUAACCUCACAUAUGAAGAUUCAGUAGACUUUCAGUGGUUGUCUGAAUUUUUUCAUCAGUUAUGUUUUCUGUUAAGAAAUAUCCAGAAAUUCACAGAAAAAUUAGAGAGGUGGUUUUUAAGUCUUAAAUCAAUCUUUAGAUGGUAUGACCCAUGAAGCAUGGUGCCAGUAUUACAAAGAAAUCGUGUUCAUCUGAAUUGUAGGCAGACUUUUCACUAUAAGUAACAAUUUCCAAAAAUUAAGAUUUGACAAAAACAUGAAACCAUUGUACAUUGGACAUGUUUGAAAUUGACCAAACAAUGUAUUGGUUUUAUGUUAUGUAUUGGUCAAGGGAUUUGAUUUGACCCUCUAAUUCAUGUAUUUAUUUCAAUGCUCUGGCUUGGUGGCUACAACUUUUAGAACAUAAGAAGUAGCUGUGUCUGAAGCUUUGGAUGAAGCAUAAAAUUUUCAAUAAUAAUUUGAAGCUGUUGGGAUGUAUGGAAAUAAUUAAUAUGACCAACACCAGCCCUAGCAACCCAACUUUCAGUGCAGGAAAAUAUUUGCUCCUCUAAUGAACAGUCUGCAUAUGAUUUUUCUCUUUCAACUUGUUGAACUGAAAUCAUAAAAUUUUACAGCUACUGGCACAUGUGGACAUGAAAAAUGAUUUUUCCCCGUUUUACGGUGCAAUAAAUUCACAUUUUAAUGAA